CAGCAACUACUUGGUCCAUAACUGGGGACAGUAGAAGGAACCCCAGCGUUGGAUCUGUUUAGACCUAUGUCUGCUGCAUAAUUGAAAUCUUGGACAACUCUUUCAGCUUGGUAUGGCAGAAAAAACAAUGUGUAUGCCCACACAAAUACCCCAUGAUGAAGAUAUACCCAAAGGAGAUACUGUCCGUUGUUUAACAAUGCUUGGUCAUUUUGGUUUUGAAUGUUUGCCUCAUCAGUUGGUGAAUCGAUCUAUCCAACAAGGAUUCUCUUUUAAUAUUCUCUGUGUGGGGGAAACUGGGAUUGGAAAAUCAACACUCAUUGACACAUUAUUCAAUACUAAUUUGAAAGACAAAAAAUCCUCACAUUUUUAUUCAAAUGUUGGACUUAAAAUUCAGACAUAUGAACUUCAAGAAAGUAAUGUUCAAUUGAAAUUAACUGUUGUGAAGACAGUGGGAUAUGGUGAUCAAAUAAACAAAGAAGCCAGCUAUCAACCUGUGGUUGACUAUGUAGAUGCUCAAUUUGAGGCCUAUCUUCAAGAAGAAUUGAAAAUUAAACGUUCCUUCAUUGAUUACCAUGAUUCCCGUAUACACGUGUGUCUUUACUUCAUUUCACCUACAGGACAUUCCCUGAAGUCCCUUGAUCUAUUAACUAUGAAGAACAUUGACAGUAAGGUGAACAUUGUACCAUUGAUUGCCAAAGCAGAUACAAUUUCUAAAAAUGAUUUACAGAAAUUCAAGUGUAAAAUAAUGAGUGAAUUGGUUAGCAAUGGCAUCCAGAUAUAUCAGUUUCCAAAAGAUGAUGAAACUACUGCUCAGGUGAACUCCUCAAUGAAUGGACAACUACCUUUUGCUGUAGUAGGGAGUAUGGAUGAAGUUAAAGUUGGAAAAAGAAUGGUCAGAGGCCGUCAGUACCCUUGGGGAGUUUUACAAGUGGAAAAUGAAAAUCACUGUGAUUUUGUCAAGCUCCGGGAUAUGCUUCUUUGUAAAAAUAUGGAAGACCUGAAAGAACAAACGCACAUUCAGCAUUAUGAACGCUAUAGGUGCUGCAAACUGAAGAAAAUGGGCUUUACUGAUGUGGGUCCAGACAACAAGCCACUUAGUUUUCAGGAGAUCUAUGAAGCCAAAAGACAAAAGUUCUAUGAUCAAUGUCAGAGGGAAGAAGAAGAACUGAAACAAAAGUUUAUGCAGCGAGUAAAGGAGAAAGAAACAACAUUUAAAGAAUCUGAAAAAGAGCUACAGGAAAAGUUUGAGCAUCUUAAAAGAGUCCAGCAAGAAGAGACAAUGAGACUUGAGGAGGAGAGAAGACAAUUGGAAGAAGAAAUAAUAGAUUUUUAUAAAAUGAAGGCUGUUUCUGAAACAUUACAGACUCAAGUGUGCACCAAUAUAAAGAAGGAAAAAGAGCGUAAGAAGUAGUCCUCUCACACUUCUGUGUACGGUAGAACCUAUCACUUUCAAUUCUAUCUUCCAGUGAGAUGAUCUUUACAGUACUUAACUGUACUAGUUUUAAAAAUUUGUUUUAUUAUUGUAUAUGUUCACCAACUAGAAUGUUAACUCCUUAAGAGCAGGUACCU